CUUUUCUUCUUCAUUUUCCAGUAUUCCACCAUAACAACUAGUGUUUGUGACUUUGUUAGAGAUGUUUAGGAGCAGGAGCUCAGGCAGCGAUGCCCGGCAGGACCCGCGAACUAAGGGGUUACUGUGCUGUGUGAUCCUGUGUGUCACGGUCAUUAUUGCCUGCUCCAUCGCUGUGCUAUCUAUCAAUAACAUGCACCUCGCCGACGUCUCCAGCACAUGCUGGGGAUGGGGAUGGGGGUCAUCAUGCGCGGUCUACUAUUAUGGUUGCAUGGCCACGAAGGACUUCACGGACGGCUCGGCCUGCAGCUACCUGUACAGCGUGGGCUCCAUCAGCCUGUUCAGCUGCCUCAUGACAAUGGCGCUCAUGGGCUGCCCCGGCGCUGUCGCGGGAAACACCGUUUCAGGAAUCUUCCACCUCAUCUGGUGGGCCAUUGCCGGCUCCUAUUUCACGGACGCGUGGCGUGACGCACAUGCCCUGCCUCUGGACAACUGGCGCCACGCCAUCAUGGCCCUGUGCUGGACUGCGGUGGCGUUCUCGGCACUGCAGAUCCUGACGUCCGUAGGCUCAUGUGUCGCGAUGCGAAAGCGCAGUGACGCCUAUGAGGAGCGGCCUGGCAGCAAGCCCAGUGCCGAGAUGGGCGCCUAUGCCCCGGCGCCGCACGCCCACCACGCGCAUGCUGGCGGCGCCUACCCCGCGCCGCCUCCACCUGCACCCGGCUACGGCGCGCCGCCCCCGCCCGCUGGGUACGGCUACCCUCCCCCGCCCGCGCCUUACGGCUACGGCUACGGCUACCCCGCGCCGCCGCCGCCGCCGCCCGCCGCGUACGGCUAUGGCGCCCCGCCGCCGCCGGCUGGCUACCCAACCCCGGCCCCUGCUGGGGUUCCGCCGCCGCCCGCUGCUGGCUUUUAAGGCUCGGGCUACGCGCGGUGCGCUUGCGGAGUGCCUAGCCAACUGCUAGCGCGACGCCACUGCUGCCGCCGCGGGGCUUCCCCGGAGCGUGAAGACGCCGAGAAGAAGUGAGGAGGUCAUGGUUGCACGGGCUUCGUGCGUGCACGGUAUGUGUGAAGAGGGUAAAUGUCACUUCCAAGCCCCCAGUAACCCAGACCCAGAAUCACGCAGUUCUAGUUGGUGACCAGUGAGGGCCCCUGAGUGCACGCAUUGCUGAGCUGUGGUGCGGAACCUCGCGCGCAUGCAGAAUCAGCCAGUCGCUAAGUGAUAUGACACAGUGUGUAGUCUGGGCCUGUUGCCGACGUUUGUGGGGCGGCAAAGUGCAAAACAUCGUGUGUUUGCCGCCGCUGGCCAAGCUCAUUACUCCGGUGUUACAUGGCACCGCCUUUGCACUGUGUAUGCCGCCGAUAACUGUAAGCAGACUGUGAAAUUUACAGUACAUGAGUGGCUCAUGAAGACCUCAUGGCGCAAAUGCGUUAUGAGGUUUGGUGUCGCUCCGUGUGUAUGUCGUUCUGCCCAGCCCAGCUGCCCUGCCCACCGCAAGUACGGCACUCAAGCCAGCGCGUGACAAGGGCAAGAGCCAAGAGCCCGCGGAGGCAUGAUUCUACGCUUGCCAUGCUGCCAUGCAAUGGCAGCGAUUACGCAUCAGAGCGAAUGGUCCGGGCCAGCUCGUUGUUACUCCGGUGUUACAUAGCACUACCGUUGCACUGUGUAUGCCGCAAAUAAUUGUACGCAGACUGUCCAACCUGUAGUACAUGAGUGGCUCAUGAAGACUUCAUGGCGCGAAUGCGCAAUGGGGUUUGGUGUUACCCUGUGUCGGUGCCACGCGUGUCGCUGUGCCACGUUGUGCCAGCCCGGCUGCCCUGCCACCGGAAGUACUCAAGUUAGCGUGUGGCAAGGGCCCGCGGAGGCAUUAUCCUGCGCUUACCAUGCUGCCAAUCAAUCGCAACAAUUCCGCAUCAGAGCGAACGGACCGGGCCCGCGCGCGCUGACCCCUGUGCCCGUCGCUGCACAGGGCUGCACCAGUAGGGCACGCCGCAUGCGCUGCAAUGCAUCCCGUCUCUGGUGUGCACCGGGCGCAUAGUCGCGCAAGUAGCCUGUGUGACGUCUGUUCAAUAUUAUUCUUUCAUAGCCUCUACUCAGAGCUGCGUCUGCAGCGUGCACUCAGCACUCGUCGAAGUUGUUGACAUACGGAGGGCAUCGCAGUGUUUUUAAGAUUAACGCAAGA